AAUAUCGAGUCCCACUACCGUACUAUCGCCAAAUCGCACUCUUUACAACGUAACCCAAAAAGGGGGUCCCCGAUGGCCUAGGGACAAGAUCAUGUCCUCCACCCCAGCGCGCAGCCCAAAACACACACGCGCGUCCUCCGUUCCAUUGUCACCAGAGAAAGCGGCACCACCGGCCUACGCCCUCACACCUGUCAAGUCGGCGGCAGCGACGUCGUCGUCCACGUCCCCUCGACCCGCCGCCCACGAUGGAGGCGCCGCAUUCGAGUCUGCGCCCAAGCCCACGUCCGUCCUGCACCCGCGCGUCGCCGUCAUGCUGAAUGUCCCGACACAAUGGCACGCUUGGCUCUUUGCUCUGCGAUUGGGAUCUAUACUGCCUGCCAUACGGUGGGGCACGCCCUCAGCGCUACACCUGCUCCUGCGGCUGCUGCAAAUCGUCGUAGGCGAGGAGGGCUAUGACCUCCCCUUCCAAGGCGCGAGGUGUAGGAGUACGCCCUGGACAGAAAGUGUGCUGGGCUGCGUCUGGUGUUUUGCCAGCGGCUACUUGAGCUUCUUCUUCACGGACUGCCUCAUGUCACGCUGGCUCAUAAACUACACACCGCAGGCCACAAUUGUCCGCCUCCUCGCCAUCAACGCCGUCAACGCCUACAUCACUAGUAUCGUGCUCUCUUUAGCCGGCGGAUUCCAGGACACGCGACUCCUCUUGCCCGGUUGGAUAGGCAUUGCGACCACACUCACGGUUUGCUACCACAUCACGCACCAAAAGAUCAACAUCCGGAAAGAAACGUCUACAUCGCUUAACGUGUUUUCGAUUGCGAGCUACAUCACCAUGCUCACACUGCUGGUGCACAUGUACACGUACCAGCCCGAGUACCCUGCUAUGCCCGUAGUCACCAAGACGAAGCAUUUCUGGAACGAGACGAUGCGAAUUACAGAGCAUGUACGAGAUACCAUUGAGAAGAAACAACGGGAGUUAUGAUGGCAGGUCAUUUUCCUCAUUCAGAGUAUGCUAGAGCGAAGGCGUUGGGGCGUCACUAUAGAACACGAUACCUUGGGUCGUACGGGUUUCACAUAGAAGAUGCUGGACGUCUUCCAAGACACCUUUCUUGCAAUGCAGAAUGCACAUGAUUCAGGG